AAUUUCAUGCAUACACUACUGCCUGAAUUUUCAAGAUCUAAUAUUUCUCUAUAAAACGGCGUCGACCCAUUUUCUUCCAAGAUGCAAAUCUCAAAAAGCUUUGGUUGAUCAGUUAAAUUAUUGAUCCCAGAAAAAGAAAAGAAAAAAAAAGGCCAGCUUUGGUUUUCAUUUGAUGAUGGAGGGAACUGCAGGUGAGGGGAGUUCGAGGAGAUCAUGUAAACUGGAGAGAAAGACCAUUGAGAAGAACCGUAGGAUUCUGAUGAAGACUCUUUGCUUCAAGCUCGUUUCUUUGAUCCCUGAUCACCAUUUCAAGCCACCAAAGGAGUUGUUGUCGCAGCAGGAUCAGCUCGAGCAGGCAACUACCUACAUCAAGCUUUUGGCAGCACGAGUUGAAGAAAUGAAGAGAAGAAAAACACAAGCUGUGAUGACAUCCACUACUGCCAACCCAACGAGGAGUAGCAAGAACAAUGCUGGUUUUAUGGGUCGAUCAAAGCCGCCAGUUGUUAAAAUAAGAGAAUUAGGUUCAAAUCUGGAGGUGGUUUUGAUCAGUGGGCUUUGCAAAACUGUCAUGCUGCAUCAAGUUAUUAGCAUUAUUGAACAAGAAGGAGCUGAAGUCGUCAAUGUUAACCUCUCCAACAUUGCUGGCCAGAUCUUCCAUACCAUCCAUGCUCAGGUGAAAGUUUCCAGGGUUGGUGUGGACAGUACGAGAAUACGUGUGAGGAUACAGGAGUUGAUUUCUUAGAACGUAUUUAUUACAACUCCUGUUUAUUUCCACGUGUAGUACUUAUUAAUUUCCUGUAUAUGUGAACAAAUAAGCAUAAUUGUAUUGUUGCUGGUGUGCCUUAAUUAUUAGAUGAAGCUAAUUAAUGGAAAAUUUUAAUUCAAAUCGUGUUUUAUCAGUCCUGAAUCAA